AUGGGGCAUCGAUUUCAUGGGGCCUUUCCCGAGCUCUUUUGGGAACAAGUUCAUUCUAGUGGUUGUCGAUACGUAUCAAAGUGGGUGGAAGCAUUUGCAUCUCCUACUAGUGAUGCUAAGGUUGUGGUCAAGCUCUUCAAUAGAGUAAUUUUCCCAAGGUUUGGAGUGUCCCGGGCUGUGAUUAGUGAUGGAGGUUCACACUUUGCAAAGCGAUCCUUUCAAGCUCUCCUUGAGAAAUAUGGUGUGAGGCAGAAGGUGUCAUUAGCUUACCACCCCCAAACAAGUGGUCAAGCUCAAAUUUCAAACCGGGAGGUAAAAAUGAUUCUUAAGAAAACGGUGGAUAGGUCUAGAAAAUAUUGGUCUACAAAGCUUGAUGAUGCUCUAUGGGCCUAUCGCACCGCGUUCAAAACUCCUAUUGGCACCGCACCAUACAAGCUUGUUUAUGGGAAGUCAUGCCACUUGCCGGUAGAACUUGAGCAUCGGGCUCAUUGGGCUAUCAAAACAUUGAAUUUCGACCUUCAAAGCGCCGAUGAGAAGAGGUUGCUUGACCUCCAUGCCUUGGAAGAAUUAAGAAUGGAUGCAUAUGAGAGUGCAAGGAUCUAUAAAGAAAAGACUAAGGCUUGGCAUGACAAGCAUAUUAGAAAAAGGGGGUUUAAGGAAGGUGACAAGGUCCUACUAUUCAAUUCCAGGUUGAAGUUGUUUCCGGGUAAGCUUAAGUCAAGAUGGAGUGGACCUUUCAUCGUUAAGAAGGUGUUUCCAUAUGGAGCGAUAAAAAUCUCAAAUGACAAUGGUGAACCGUUCAAAGUGAAUGGCCAAAGGCUUAAGGCAUACUUUGACGGUUUUGUGCAUGAGGAAGCCAAGGUUGUUCACCUUGAUGAGUUUGAUGUUCCCUACUCUCAUUGA